UCCUUGCCCACACAUUCCUUUCCCUUGUACCCUCCCAUGCAUGUAGGACAGUAGGAGUAGCUAUAUAUAAGGCUCGACCACGCACGCCGUGUCUGAGACCAACCAUGGAGCAUACCAACCUGCCGAGCCAUGGCGCCCAAGCCGCCGAAGCAGAAGCACUCGCCGCCGCCGCCGACCUCGAGCAAGGCCUCACCCGCCACCUCAUGGAAUACCACCAGAGCGAGGCGUCGUCGGACGAGAGCGCCAGGCAGCGGCCCCGCGUCGGCCGCGUCCCGCCGCACGUCCGCAACCUGGACGGCGGCGCCGAGGCGUACACCCCAAAGUUCGUCUCCAUCGGCCCCAUCCACCACGCCGACGCCACGCUCCGCCGCCACAGCCACGACCUCAAGGUGGCGUACCUCCACGCCCUCAUCGCGCGCCGCACCCCGGACCCCAUCGACGAGGUCGCCGUCCUCGCCGCGCUGAUCGGCUACAAGGCCGGCGUGGCGGCGGUGGAGGACCGGGCGCGCAGGUUCUACAAGGAGCCCGUGGACGAACACCUCACCGCCGAGGCGUUCGUCGACCUGCUGGUGCUCGACGCCGCCUUCCUCCUCGAGCACAUGCUCAACCUCGCCACGGGGUACGAGGACCCGCUGCUCCACCGCACCCACUGGGCGCCGUCGCAGCUGCACUCCGACCUCAUCCGCUUCGAGAACCAGGUCCCGUUCUUCGUCGUCGCCGAGCUGCUCGCGCUCUCGCCGCUGCACCGCGACCCGGAGCUGGAGGCGUGCCGCUCCGGCCGCCGCGACUUCCUCCGCAGCAUCGGCGUGCACUGCCUCCUCCGCAAGGACGACGAGGAGCUCAAGACGCUGCCGCCGAGCGACGACAUCCACCACCUGCUCCACCUCUACAGCCUGUCGCUGACGGAGGCGCGGCUGCGGCGGCCGCACGCGCACGCCGGGCUGGGCGCCACGGCGUGGCGCGCGCUCUGGAAGCUCCCCAUCGUGACGCUCAUGCCGUUCGCCUACCUGCUGUGCUCCGGUGGCGCCGACGACGGCAAGGGGGAGGAGGAGGACGAGGCGGCGGCGGUGAAGCUGCCGAACAUCCCGAGCGCGACGGACCUGCAGAGGGUGGGGAUCAAGUUCAAGCGGGCGCCGAGGAAGCCCGACGGCGGGUUCCUGGACGUGCGGCUGGAGGACGGCGACACGCUGGUGAUCCCCAUGGUGAACAUCGAGCAGUUCACGGCGCCGCAGCUGCAGAACCUCAUCGCGCUGGAGCAGGCCACGCCGGAGCUCCCCGACGACUGCUCCUGCUACGCCUUCUUCAUGGACAACCUCGUCGCCAACCCGGCCGACGUCGCGCUGCUCGAGUCCGAGGGCAUCCUCAAGAGCAACCUCGGCAGCCACAAGGCGGUGGUGACCUACUUCAACAAGCUGUGCAAGGGGAACAAGCUGGAGGUGGAAGGCAACUACCUGCGGUCCGUGUUCGAGGCGCUGAUGGAGCGCAACAGGAACCCCAUGUACGCCUGGAUCCGCACCCUGAGGAAGAAGUACUUCAGCUCGCCGUGGGGGAUCAUCGCCAUGGUCGUCACCCUCUUUGUCUUCGCCUCCACCGUCCUGCAGACCUACAUCUCCAUCGUCCAGUACUACUUCGCCAACAAUGGCGAUUACUAGCUAGCUAGCUGCCGGCCUACGCGUAUAUACGUACUGCAUUUGCAUUAUUAUUGUUAUUAUUGCCUUCGGAUCGGAUUGAUUACGAGACCAUCAGCUUGCAUGCAUGACGCAUCGAUCGAGAGCGAGAGCGGGGCCAUCGAUCAGAGUGGUGUGCUGCUGCUAGCUAAUUAAGCUGUUUUUGAGUGCACAUGCAAGCAUGUAUACCUUGUUUGUGAUCAUCAGUUUGCGCUUGUUUAAUUUCUCAUGCGUGAUGCAGAGAUGUGUACUGCUAAUAUCGGUUUUGUGAGCUGUGGGUUUACUGACGUACGCUGUGCCAGAAAUAUUGCGUGGCUUUGAAUGUCA